CGACUCAUUCUUCCUCCUCCCAGCAAUUUUGCAUCAUCGAUCUCAUCGAACGCCCAAACGAUUUUCAGCGCUUUUAUUGAUCUUCUUCCUCGGCCGGUUCGCUGCACUUCAUCUCUCCCGGAGACAAUGAGCUCAGCCUCGUACUCCUUGGUUUCAACGAGCAGUGCCAGAGCUCAGUUCCCGACUGGCUCUCCUCUGAAGUCAUCAAAAAGUCUAAAGGGACUGGGCUGCACAAACGUGUCAUUUGCUCCUAAUCGUGCAGUGGAAGUGCAAAUCCGCACCUCAAGGGGGCUCACUGUGCAAGCUGCCUAUCGUGAUGAAGGAAGGUCUAGUAGCGCAAAUGCAUUUAUUGGCGGCUUUGUUCUUGGAGGACUGAUAGUCGGCACACUUGGUUGUGUGUAUGCACCUCAGAUAAGCAGAGCCCUUGCUGGAACUGAUAGGAAGGAGAUACUGAAGAAACUCCCCAAAUUCAUAUAUGAUGAAGAUAAGGCUUUGGAGAGAACAAGCAAGGUGCUUGCCGAGAAGAUUGCCCAGCUGAACUCAGCAAUCGACAACGUUUCCACUCAGCUCCGAUCAGAAGAUACGCCAAAUGGUGCCGCUGGCGAAUUUGAUGAAGUUGAAUCUGCUCCAUGAGGAUGUUCAGGUUGCUGUGAGGGUGCUGAUAUCGAGAAAAUUAUCUGCAAUCUGUAGCUUCCAGUUCAAAAGAAUAAUCUUUUAGAUCUCUUAUGGAAUCUCGUGGCCCAACAUGAUUAUGAAACUGGUUACUCGUCCCCUUUUCACUCCUAUGAACUACUGUUUAGUCGUAGGAAUUGCUAUAUUUGGUCAGUUGCUGAUUCCAGGGUGAUAUUUCAACUCUCAACCAUGUAAUAAAUCUUGUUUGUCCGGGACCAAUUUCAAUUAUCUUUCGAGUUUGGUUA